AUGGAGGCGACCACUUUACAUGUUAUCAGCGAUGGCCCUACGACCCAAUAUAGAUCAAAAAAGAACUUUUUCUUUUUAAGCCAGAUCCCUUAUGAGAUGGGAUUCAGUAGGGUCACAUGGAAUUUCCUGGAAGCAGGACAUGGAAAAGGCCCAGCAGAUGGAGUCGGUGCUGCAGUCAAACGACAGGCGGAUGCCAUCGUCGCAAAGGGAAUUGACCUGCCCAAUGCCAAAAUGGUCUAUGAGCAGUUGAUGAACCAGCCCUCGUCCAUCAAACUGAUGUACGUCAGUGAGGAAGAAGUCCAGGAGAUGGAUGGUGUCCUGCCUGAUCGCCUUGAGACCAUCAAAGGGACAAUGGCUAUACACCAGAUUGUAUCCACAGAACCAGGAGAGAUAGCUUGGCGAGUUCUAAGCUGUUUCUGCCAGGAGCCAAACACGUGCCAGUGUUACGGUCUAAAAAAAGUACAGAUGUCUUUGCCUUCAUCAGGCCCAAGUACAUCUGGCAGCCAGCCCAUCCCAAAUGUGCACACGGGCCUGGUUGGGAGAUGGUGCAUCGUCAAGUAUGAUGGGGAUCCGUAUCCUGGGAUUGUAAUAGACGUGGGCUCUGACAGCUGUUUGCUGGUUAAGACCAUGAGCCGUAUUGGCAUUAACAGGUUUUUCUGGCCAAUGCGCGAUGAUGUCAUCUGGUAUCGGCCAGAGGACCUAAUUAGGAUGGUUCCAGAGCCAGUGCCUGUAACAAAGAGGCACAUGAUGCUGGAACCUUCCAUUUGGAAGGAGAUUUUUAAUGAAAUGUAAACAUUUUAACAUUGUUUUUGUUCUUCUGUUCGUUACCAUUUCAGCUGAGAGAUUCAGAUCAGUUCAAAGCAAUUGCAUGGUGUAGCUUGGCCUUUUGUAGUUUUGCCUGUUGCUUGCUUGCACACAAAUUGCAUAUUUUGGCUCAUAUAGUGUAAAAAUGAAAA